AGUACUACGUGCAGGAGCCAGCAUCGUCGUGAGCUACUUCACGCCCGAAUUUUUGGAUUGGCUAGAAACCUAAGGAUUUCUGGCGUCGCGUUUGCCUAAUUUGUCACGACCGUUUGAUGUUUUCACGUUCAAAAAAGAGCAAUGCUCAAAUUCGAUCACCCUUUUUUCCAAUUAAUCGCGCGGACUCCCGCUAAUGAAAUAUAAGUCGCUUCACGUGGGCGUUGUGAGGUAGCCAAGGGCAAGCGACACGAACGAUUUCGGCGUGGCAGACUAACUAACCCCAAUCGAAAGCCGUGAAACAAUGAAGGAGCACAAACGCCCAGGGUCGCCCCCGCAUGGUCACCGCAUCCGUCAAAGCCACAAUCCUGUGAUAAACAAACAAGCCAAUUUGUUAUGAACCUGUCCGAGUAGUCUUGGAAUGGUCGUUUCACCUUGACAAUCACAUUGACAAACCUCUGGUCCCAUAAGAAGCAAUCAUGCCCCGAAUGACCCGCGCAAGAGCGGCUGAAGUCGCAGAGCAACUCCACAUCGACCCCGACGUGUCGCUUGAGGCUCGCAACGACGAUUACAUUUCGAUCGACGAGAACACUGCAGAAACACGCCCUCCGCUUGGUGAAAUUACAGGAAAUAGUCUUUCCAUCGCCAAUCAGAACGACGCAGUUGAGAAUAAAUCGAUUGGAAAGUCGCAAAGGCGCGUCAGAAAGAGCCCUAACGCAAGCACGACGCAAGCCGAGACGACCAGCGAUCAAGUCGACGAGCAUUCGGGUAAACCAUAUAAGAUUAUGUCUGAAUCAUCGAGCGCACCAAAGACGUCAACGCGCAAGCGUUCGAUGGACGAUUUGACUAAACAUUACAACGAUUGUAAGUAUGCUUCUGCAUACAUGGGAAGCGGCUCCUCGAAGUCACAUGACGCUAAUGCAGGGGAUGCAUCAACAGUGCAAAUCACGCAUAUGUCUCAUUUGCCGACCACAGAUGAUAUAGAGUCGAAGAGCCCGACGUUGGACAUUGGAAAUUCAGCAGAGAAAUUAUCGAAAUCCGUCUCGUUGUCCAAUGGUGUUGCUGCAAAAGAGGAAUUUUUGGACAACGUUGAAAGCGACGUUGUAAAGUCGAAUAUGCCAAUCGCAAUGCAAACGGUCCGGAGUCCCUCGCCGGUGAGGCUCUCAACGCCGCAAUCGCAGAAAUCAUUCAACACUGUCGAUUCUGGAUAUUCUGCCAGCAAAUAUGACGACCUGGAGGCUGCGGCAUGCCAAGUGACGACACCCCGAUCUCUGAGUACCGUGCGGUACACACUUGAGGAUUCUGUCCGGGCCAACACACUGGUGGAACAUGACGCAGAUGUGCAAGUCACGCCGCCAGGAUCGGUCAAAUCGCUAGACUACACUUUUGAGGAAUCUCUUCGCGAGAUUGAGAUUCUCGAACAAGUCGUCAAUGCCAUUUCUCCACGCGCUUCGAACACCCCGACGUUCCCCGAGAAGCCCGAGUCCCUCGAGAAGCCCGAAUUUAAGAAGUCAAAUCCUGUUGUCCGUGCUACCAAGGCGAGCCAAGCACGUAUCUCUUUAGCUCAUGGACCAAAGGACGCACCUCGACCGCCGGCUCUUGGACGACCUCGACAGUCUAUCGGACCCCAGGACCAAUCACGUACGGUAUCGGGAUCCAGCGCUGACUCUGGAAGCCUCACUCCCAAGAAGGAGGUCAUCAUCCCUCACAGCAAGCCACGUCCCAUGUCGAUGGCGUUCCCGGCACCAGCGCCAUUGCUAAAGUCGACCAAAGCCCCAACUCAAAGCACCUUCCAGCUCCCAGGAGAGGUCGUCGCCGCGAAGCUCAAGGCCGCCAAAGAAGCUCGCUUGGCCAAAGAAGCCGAAGAGUCCAAGAAGAAGCCCUUCAAAGCGCGUCCCGUGCCUGCCAGUCUCAGCAAGGCGCCCGCGGUGCGUCAAACGAACAGUAGCAUCGCUCGCGAGCAACGCAUCUCAGGGAAGCCCAUCGAAUUGGUCAACGGGAUCCACCGCCCCAUGAGCGUCGCCGACUCCCAUCACUCCCGCAGCGCCUCAGUCAGCCGGCCCUUCCCUCCCAAAUCCGCCGUGAACGCCCCAUCCCAGCUCCGAUCCAGCACGGCCAUGGCCUUCAACCUGGAUUCCUCCAGCAACAGCCGUCCUCCCAGCGUCGCACAAUCGAACCGUAGCGGCGCCGGCGGCAGCAGUGGCAACGCCAUCAUCUCCAAGGGCAAGGAAGUCUACAACCGUCCCGCCCAACUCCUCGCGGCGGCCGAGCAGGAACGCCGCGAGAAGGAAGAGGCCACGAAGAAAGCCCGUGCCGAAGCCGCGGCUAGGAGCCGUGCUCUUUCCCGCGAGUGGGCAGAGAAGCAAAAGGCGAAGAAAGUCGCCCUUCCUGCUGCUUAGAUUGCCUGGCUACGACACAGGCGCCGACGACUUCACGAAAGUAAACAGCGAGAUGCUCCACUCGCACACGUCUUCCUUUCUUUUCUCUCCCCCAAACCUUUUCUUCCUGCAGUCUGCGCAUUCAUGAAUGAUAUCGAAACAAAUGCGC